GCCCGCAAGCUGGCGGGGGGAGUGGCGAGGCCGUCGCGCAGGGCGUCGCAGGUGAGCUUGGGGCGCUGAAGGGAUGGGCCCGCGUCUGGGCUUGAGCCCGCCGGGGGCGGCCGGGGCAAGCGGUCAUGCAGCAGGCGCCCGGCGCCUCUCGACUCCCUAAGCUGGGCCGAUGGGACAUGCUAUCCCAGUUACACCGAAAGCUCACAUUCGCAGCAGCCGGAGCCGGCAGUCCAAUGGAUAACCUUCCGCCGGGCCUCGUCAACCGCGGUCAGAACCUCUGCUUCGCCAUCUCGUCGCUGCAGUGCCUUUUCCGCACGCCCGAGAUGGCGGGCCUCCUGCAGGACUGGGUGCAGAACAGCAACCUCAUCAUGGCCACCAACGAGGAGGACUUCCUCUGGAGCUACCUGAAGCUGCACGUGGAAUGCGUCGCCAGGAACCUGCAGCCCUCGACGCAGGACAACUUCUUCCGGCUCUGCCGGACCUUCAUGCCGCAGCUGGUGUCCAGCUCGUCCUACACGCAGGACCAGCAGGACGCGGCCGAGUUCGCGAUGACGCUGCUCAACGUGCUGCACAAGAUACUCAACAGCCGGCGUCCGCGCACCAAGGCCGCGCAGGCCAAUGCCAGCGGCUCGGCCGAGCACAACUCCGAGAACUUCCAGGUGUCCAUCUCGACGCUUAACAAGCGCUGCCUCGACCGCAUCCUCGAGGUGGCCUACAAGGGCUGGCAGGUCUACGAACGCAGCAACGACUCGCCCAUCGUGCACCUCUUCACGGGGCAGACGUCGGACAUACACCAGUGCACUUCCUGCCUCAAGACCAGCAUUCGCACACAGGAGUACAACGUGCUGCCCAUCACCAUCGGACUACGCGACCGGAGAGACAGCAAUGGCGGAAGGACAGUGCUGCGUCUCUACGACCUGCUGGUGUCCUUCACCGAGGCCAAGCGCAUGGACAACCGCGACGCCGACAACGAGAACGAGCUGCAGACGGGGCCCAUCUGCAACCUGGCCGCCCACACGAGCUGGCUUCAUCGCACCAUGCUCUCGCAGACGCCCACCGCAGUGGUGCUCCAGCUGCUGCGCUUCCAAUACGACAGCGCGACGUGCCAGACCCGCAAGAUUCGCGACCCCAUCAAGAUUCCCAGUGCCAACAUGUGCCUGCCCAAUGGCUCGGGCACCUGGCCACAGUACAAGCUGUACGGCAUCGUGGCGCACAUCGGCACGCGCUCAACGCAGGACGGUCACUACAUCGCUUACGCCGAGGAUCAGACGUAUGGCAAGUGGUACCGCUUCGACGACGAAGCGGUGACCCCCAUCUCGGAUAUCGAUGAGGAACUUGCCAAGCCUUUCCUAAUGGAGAACGCCUACCUGCUGUUCUACAAAAAGACAUGAUGUUGAACCAUGCAGCGCUCUGCUAUGCUGUCCCAUCAACAAUUCCUUGUGGUAUCCUUUGGCAUACAUUUGGCACUGGCUUAACAUAAACCGACAAGCGGCCACGAAAUUCUGUAUCCUGCGUUUACGGCAACAAGGGAUCUGCGUCUUAUUCUGAGAGGGACAGUGCCGUGUCACGGAGUGUAGUUUCAGUCAUCCCUUUCCUAUAACGUUGUGCGACCCCCACCCCUCCCCCCGUCCAGCUGCCCGUUAACGGUGCAAAAAUCCCACAUUACAUUAUCUCCACCGAAGACGAGACGUUGAUCCUGAGGGGAUGUUGCCUUGUAGAUAAAAUCUCCCGUGUUCAACAGCAGAAGCGUCUGAUAAAAUUAUACUGCGGAAUUUUACUUCUGCGCUGCUGCAGGUGCACCAUCGUGAUCACUGAAAUGGUCUGUGUGGUUU